AUGUCGAUCCUGGCCGUGACAUGUUCCUGCUUCCUCAAACGGCCUCGUGCCACCAGCACAAUUGUUUGCGCCUGGAUCGUUUGGUUCGGAUUGCAGUUGGCACGCGGCCAUUCUGCUUGGCAAGAGGUCCUUGAGCAUGCAGAAUGUGCUGCAAAGAGCACAGCUGGGGCAGUGCGAGCCAAUGGUGACAUGCUGGUGGCAUGGGUGACUCUGGUCCUCCCAGCAGUUUACGACUUGUGGCGUUUGGUGUGUCCCAUUCUUCUUCGUUUUCUUUUAAUGCUGCAGUGGAUGUGGACGUGUAUGUCGUGGGAGCAGAGAGGUAUUUUGGCACUUUGUGGUAUGGGUAUUGGUGGCACUGCCUACGCUGUCAUGCUUCUUUGGAAAUCGCGGUCUUGGUUGAGACAUAACUCGACAGCAUUCUUCAAGUCUGCGAAGCAUGUUCUUUUCCAUGUUUCGUUCAUCGCUGUGUGCCCCACAGUGUGGCUGGCUGCAAGCUUGUGUCCAUCAGACGUUGUGCCUUGCGUGGUGUUUUUCCUCUUGGGAACUCUGUUUCCCGUACUGUGGACAAGCCGGGCCUUGAUCCAGUAUGAUCACGAGAAAGAUGCACAGACGGAUGAGGAAACGAGAUCGCAAGCAUUCAGCUGGCUGCCUGCCAUUCGCUGGCGAGAAACUUUCUCACCAUCAGCCGACCUGGAACAGGAAAUGCGAUACUUGCUUUCUUAUUGGGCUUGUUGGCCACUGCUUUGUGCGAUUCAGUUCAGCGUGAGCCGACUACCCAGCAAAACCAGACCGGGUGCAGAGGGUCUCCUGAUCGCGCUGACCAUGUGGCUACAGUACUGGAAGGGUAGCUUUCUAGCCCCAUACCUUUUCAGUCUUCUCACGUCAUUGCUCAGCCACACGAUAGAGCACUUAUAUAUUUUGCUGGAUGCCGGCCGGCAAGCUGCCUGUGCGAUUCUGCAGCGACCCACAUGUAGUCUUUAUCUCCUGUCACUUUGCCCACAUGAACGCUGGGCAAUGGUAGCAGCAGGUGUGGUCUUGCUUGUCCUUUGCCUGGAAGUUGCCUCAGUCGUAAGCGUGCUGAUCACAGUUGGGUUGUUAUUUGGCAUCGCCUUGGAAUCCGCACGUUGCGUCGCAGGAAAUACUACACAGAUGUACGCCAAUCGUUUAUCCUUCUGGGUCCUGGUGAACAUCUGGUUCUGGGUGUUGAAAGUUCCAGUGCUUGGCGGAGUUCUGUCUCUUUGGUCUCCCGUGAUGUUUGGCUUGGCUUUCGUUGGAGGUGAGGCUGCAUUCAGCACCCUCACGGGAUUGCUUUUGCACCUACUUGCCCUGAUUGUGAGUGCUUUGAGCAAAUGGUGCGAGCAUCAGACGUCCCGACCUCUAGAAGAAGCCCUUCUUGAGGAAGGUAAAGCUGAGGACGGCGUUGCAGAGCCGCCGAAGAGCCCGGGUCCUUCGAGGGGUCGAGCGAGCGCAAGUGAUGCAAGUGCAAGCGAGUGCAAAGCUGAUCAGACCGACUUGGAAGAUAAAUUCAAGUGCGAGGGUGAGACUGAAGGCUCUGCCCAGGAGAUGCCGAAUGUAUCCGAUGGCACGGGGGUGCCGAUGAGCUUGUUAGCAUCAAGCGAGCAGCCAAGACUGCUCCCUUCCGCAGAAGGAUCCUUGAGGACCACAGCUGAAGUAGAAGCUGAGACGGCUGUGGCUGUAGCCGAGUCUGAGACAAACCCAGUACCAACUGAUGCUGCAGUCGCGGUCACAAGCACAGCGGACCGUUUGGGCUCAGGCCAUACCAGCAAUGCAUCACAAGGAGACCUUGAAGAGCUACGUGACGAUCUUAACCGCAGCCCUUCACAGAUGCUGGACGAUCACGGGAUGCUGGAGAAUAAGUUGAACUGCCGUGCCCAAGAAGGCAGCAUUAUCACAGAGAGGUAUGCUCAUCAAGCCUCAGAAUUGGCAGUUCCUGCCGAUCCUUGUGACACUGUCAGCAGGGAAAGUCAGAGCCAGAGCGGUGAUACGCGCAGUAGCAGCUGCAGGAACAAUUCAGAUGCCUCGCCCAAGCCUCAUGGCAAGAUCAGCGCGUCGAAGAACAUAUCCACGCUGGACUACGUGUCGAAGCACAAGAGCUUCGUUCCUGGUCCCACCUACGUGCCUCCACCAUGGGCAAAGAUGGGAAAGCCGUUCUGUCCAGAGGGCGGGCGCUUCAUGCUUGAGGCACAUAAACCUCCGAGCUACUUUGAUGUGGCUCCAAAGCUUUAUGAUGCCAAUCCACCUCCCGGUUCGUACGAUGCCAGAGGUUCCGUCGAAGUCAAAGUCGUCGGCGAGCUCGUGUACAGGUACGAAAGUGCAACUAGUUCUGAGACGAAGGCAUUGAUUGCCAAGGUUGUUGGAGAUCCAGAAGAGGUGCCAGGUCCAGGCCACUACACGUUGCCUGACCCACUUCCAUUGGCAGCUCCUCCUGCUUUGAAGGGGCGCAUGCUGCCUUACAGCAUGCCCCACCCUUACGCUUACAACUGCGCACCGGAUCACACCCGUAGCUUCUUGGAGCCAGUGCGCCGGCGAAACAAUGCAGACCAGAUCUUUGGCACUGGAUGGCGACAGGGGGCUGCUCGAAGAGGCGACAAAGGCAAGCCUUCUUCGAAGGAGGAUCAGGUGCAGUUGGCCGAGCUUCCACCUGGCGUAGGUGAGGAGGAGAAGCCCGACGAUGACGGAGUCGUGCACUGGAGGUCCGGUGGCUUCUCCAUAAAGAAAUCGCGCUCAACGGCUGGGGUGCGAGCUCCAGAAGUUGAAAGAGAGGUCUUGGAGGGCGUGGGUAGAUUCUACCCGCCCUUGGCGCAGAAGCAUCAAAGGUGCAAUUCACAGUUUCUUCCGAUGUCGAGUAGAAGGACCGAAUCGGUUCGAACCCGUGGAGCUUCCGAGGAAAAUCAGCGCCUCGGCCAGAGCAAAUGGAAGCUGAGUAAAGCGUUGGAGGGAAUUCAGAAUGCAACAAACGCCGCCCUCGAGCCCUUGGACGUCGACAAACUCAAGCAGCAUGCAAUGAAAGGCUUGCGCGACAAGGCGAUCAAUCGCAUGAAACUGCAAGGUGUCAGCAAGGAUCAGCAGGAGGUGAUCUUGGAAGAGAUGGAUGCAUUGUUGCGAGAGCGCUCGGAAAGAGUCAAGGCUCAAACGGACUCCCAGGACUUGGAGCUAGAGGAGGACAUAGCCGGUCCUCUUCCCGACGCCCACGAGCUUGAAAGCCCGGAUGUGCCGGAAGAUGCUGCGGUGCGGACUGAGGAUGCAGAAGCUAAUGCCGCCUCCUUGGAUGCCGCGCACCCUGAUGGGAUAGAAGCGCAAGGAAGGCAAACUGAGGAAUGA